GGCAAGCUCAUGAUCACGCUCCGUCACUCUUGUGCUCGUCCUCCUCUUACAUGAACAGUACUUAUCCUAUUUAACUUCUGGUGGAACCUCGUCGGGUCGCGCUCUCGUACUACUGGAACGGUGGUACCAUAUACUUACAUGAAGAUAAGCACUCAUAAUUAUAGCUUGAAUUAUAGUCAAGGGUCUUCCUGUGCAGAGCUGUCAAUUAAAUUUAGCUCUUCUUCAGUUUCCCAGAUCUUAAGCUUGCCCAAUUGUUGCUCAUCACUGUUCAGCAAGAUAAGCGAAGCUACUGCUGCAUAGGCGUCACUCACAGUGCACUAUGAACAUGCGUCAUGCAUAUCGUGUUCUACACAAACUGCUGACUUUGUUUCGAACCAUGGCCAUUAGGCUUCCCAGACAAAUUCGGCACCCAUAUCAUAUUCUGCAGCGUAUACUUGGAUUUUUGACGUCCAGAUUUUUGCGCUCAAGUGCUGCACACGCGAGUAGCAACACUGGUCGCCAUAAAGAUGAAUGCCGCGAACAAUGCAGUCACUCUGAUGCUUCACCAGUAACUAUCCUCCCAAGCCUCUGCCACCCCUCCGAGUCUGGGCACUCAGCAAGCCGGCACUCGGGACACACUGCGGGGAACUUGUUUACCGAAGAAGUUGAGUCUAACCACGUCUCUGUGCCCAUCGGCACAUCGCUGCAUGACGAUACCCCUCCAAUUCUGAAGCCAAUGACUCCGAGUGACGUUCGACGUUACAGCAAAAAGUCCCAAAUUCAGUGGCAGGGGACGGAUACAGAUUUCCAGAUCCCACCAGGCCGGAAGGAUUUUUCGAUAUCUCCGGACAAGUUCAACGCAGGCGGUAUUACUUGGAAGUGCCAGAUCCAUCCUCACGGUACACUAUACUUUUCCAGCGAAUUGCUAAUAUGGAAGGACACGGAUAUGUCGACAACCGAGAUUCAAAUCACGGUGUUCACAGAUGCCGACGUACGCGAGCAGUCGAACUCUGAUGCAAUUGCUUCCUGUGUGGGAACGCUCUUCGAGCAAGCGCAACUCGCAGGUCACCUUGAAGGCACCCUCAUGGAGCUCACCGUUGAUUUAUCCACAAACGAUGGCGGGGAACUGGAAUGCAAGUACUAUUUUGUCGCACCCGAUUGGCGGAUUCUGUUUUGGGAAGACCAUUUUGAGGCGAAGCAUUUGUUUGGCGGGGUCAAAGGUGCUACGAAUGGUCACAUCAAAUAUGCCAUGGAGACUGAGUAUUGGAUGCACCGGGAGUUGUAUCCGAGCGACUGCAAGAUAACUCCUGAACUUCACCGUGAACUGCAGGCAAUGAUCCUCCAUGCUUAUACCGAUACUAUCUUUUCAGAAAUAUCUUUGGCUCCUUUUGACACGGAUGAGCUCCAGCGAGCUUUGAACAUUGUAGAUUAUUUGAAUGGCAUCGUCAACAAAUCUGAUUCAACAACAAACGGCGAAUCUGAUUCGACCGCAAAUGACGAAUCUGAUUUAACCACAAACGACCAAUACAUAUGGGCAUACGCUCGCUUAAUGCGAAUGUUCACUCGAGCCAGGCUUUCUAAUUUUUACGGUGAAAUAGGCACGAGGCUUGGUACAGAUCACACUGUUUAUGCCGACGACAACUCUAUCGACGAAAGAAGACCAAUAGUCAAGUUUUUCAACUUUGUCCUUUUUGGCUCUCCGUCCACCCAUGUCAGACAAAUCGAUAGCGUCUGGGUUGACCAAUCUGUCAACCGCCCGCGCUGGAAAAUGUUCAUGAAUAGGUUGACGAGCGAGUGGAGUGGAUUAGCAAUCUAUUCAACCGUCAUGCUAGCUGUGGACAUCAGUUUCCUCGCGGUGCCAGCGAUUGGUCAACGACCUUCGGCACAAAUCGCGUUAUACAUCUCGUCGCUCUGGUCCGUAGCUUCAUUGGUCGUUUCUGCUCUUCUUGCGCAAAGCGGCGGGCACCAAGACAGUAUAAACCGAGUGACUGCAUUCAUGACGCGCAUGACUCAGUCACUACAUGGCAAAGAGAACCUUGCGAUCAUCUUCAGCUUACCGUAUGCCCUUGUUAUUUGGGGGAUGGUUUUCUUUUUCUUAGCGCUGUCGCUUGUGAUUUUCCUAUCUGCUAAUGUCACGACUUGGUGCACUGUAGGGCCAGCUUGGUUACUCGUCGUCGGUUUUAUUAGCUGGCCAGUGUGGGCAGCUAAAAGGCCACCGAUUGGACAGCGGACGUCCUCUAUGGAUAGGAAGGGAAAACAAGAAAGCGGUGGAGGCUAGAAAUGAAGCCCACUGAGAGAAAAAGUGUUGAAAUAGCGUUGCUGACAUGUCUGCAGGUUCCAAAUUGAUUUGAUUCUGCCAUUGUGCCAAGGCCCAAGACCUCAUUCACAUUACAUGGCGAGCAAAUAUUGACAUAUAUCGGCGUUUCUAUUAUUGUUCUGCUUCUAUAUCACGACUGAGCUCCCCACUAUAGUAUAAUCUUAU